UUGGAUACCAAUCAACUGCUUCUAUCCACAAGUGAACUUUGAACUACAUUUCCCAGGAUGCUUUGAGCAGGGUGAGAGGUUAUCAGGACUUGUGUAGUUCUCCACAGCAACUGCACCCUCCUUUGACAGGAAAACAAGAACCUUGCACUGAAUAUUGAGCAAUAUUUGUCAUCUUUCACACACACAUAUAUGAGUGCUGGCAGUGAGCCAGUGUUCACGCGGUGUGUAUGAGCGACACGGCAGCUGCUCGGGACGAUAAUCCGGCUGGAAACAAUCACCCUGUGCUGCUGGACUGCUGCGGAGGACUCAACAACAUCGACUACUCGGAGAUGGACGUGACGCUGAUGGAGGGACUCCUACGACACAUCAACUUUCAUGACUCCAGCUUUUGUAUUGCUGUGAUCGCCAUCAUAUUCAACCCUUUAUUCUGGAAUGUGGUGGCGAGAUGGGAGCACCGUACGCGGUCACUCUCCAAGCUCUUUGGUAGCCCUUAUCUGGCCUGUUACUGCCUGGGCUUUGUCAUCAUUCUGCUCAAUGUGUACCGCAGCCACAGUAUGACGUUGGCAAUGAAGGCCCAGGCCAAGUGGGAGGUGAUGGACAGGACGGAUGUUUUCUACGCUGGCGUAACUCUCAUGGUGCUGGGCACUCUGCUGGUGGUCGGCAGCUUUCUGGCUCUGGGAUUCACUGGAACCUUCUUAGGUGACUACUUUGGCAUCCUGAUGGAUGAGAAGGUGACAGGUUUCCCCUUCAACAUCAUAGAAAACCCUAUGUACUGGGGCAGCACUGCCAACUACCUAGGCCUGGCACUCAUUGGUGCCAGUCCUGUUGGUCUCGUCCUGACUGCCAUAGUGGCCGUGGCUUACAAGGUGGCGAUAAGAUUCGAGGGACCAUUCACCGAACAGAUCUAUCAGGAGAGGAACCAGCGCCGCAAGCUUGAAUAAUCACCUCCCGCCCAGGCACUUCCUGCUCCUGGUUUGGCUGAGGAUUCCCAUCCUGUCACGAGGACAGACAGACUUAACAACAGACAGACUUUACCAACAGCGUUUAUCAUUAGUCCACAUCCUGUGUGGAUUCAGAAGCUACCUUCACACUGCAGCUGCAAGUGUUUAAUUUUUGAUUUUGUUUUAUGCUCUUCUAAAGAAUGUGGAUGCCACAUGGAGGGUGGCAAGUCAAAGUAAUAGUUUGAUAUUCUGAAAAUCAUUCUUAUUUUGGUUCUUGCUGAUAUUUAGAUGAGAAGAUUGAUACCACUGUCACGAGAGCUCCCACAUGAAACUGUUCACAACAAGGUCAGCAGACCAGCCUGAGCAACCAGACCAUGAUCUCUGGAAAAACACUGCUGACUGUCUCUCUGUAAGAGAGUAAUUGAGGGCAUUUCCAAAGAUGUGAAAUUAUUCCUUUAAAGCUGUACAAUGUUGGAUUUCCAAUGUAUGUACAUUAGGAGUGUCAUGAUUCUCCAAAACCAUAAUUCAAUUGUCCUUUUGAUUUUAAGGUCACAAUUAGAUUCAGUUCUUUAAGAUUAACAUAUCAUUGGUUUCAUGCCCUGACAACUGUCAUUUACAUCUUAAAAUCCUUGAAAAAAAGGCUACAUGGUAACAUAACUGCUGUAUAGUUUUUGGGAAUAUACCAUACUAAACCAAUACGGUCAAAUUUCAAUCAUUUAUUUAAAAGAAGAGUGUAUAGGAUUUAGGGUGAGGGUUACAGAUAGCAACCAGCUGAAAGUACUUCCUGUUAGAAUUAAGUGCUCAUUAUUCAGGAGGUUUUUACAGGGUACCGAAUUUUCCACAAAGGUGUCUUCCUCUUCGAAACAAACAAACCCUGUAAUUUAAACUGGUAAUAACACUAAACAAAGCAGUUUCACAUAAAAAACCUGGUGGCCAACACAAAAAUGCAUAUUGACUUAUCUAGAGCUAGCGUUUGGUUUUUGUCUGUUCUGGGCUACUGUAGCAACAUGCCGGACUCCAUGGACAAGGAUACACUUCAUAUGUAGAUAUAAACAACUCAUUCUAAGGUAAAAUAACAACAAUUCAUAUUUUCAGGUGAUUAUAAACCAAAGAAAACGUACUAAUUGUGCCAUUUUCAAUUACUAUCAAUGUACCUACCUAAAUCCUACACACUGGUCCUUUAUGGUAAAGCUUCUAAAUUCCUUGUUAAGAUAUUUAAAGUAUCAAAAAUAAAAACUACAAACUUUUCCUCUUCUCACUGAUGAGCCAAUUCAAAAAGAAUAGAUUUCAGCCACUGAAAGCAUCAUGAAUUGUGCAUCACUUGCAACCUCUUUCUGCCCCAUCUCAAGGUCCAAUUCACCAAGGAUAUUGUGCUAAUGAUAAUGCCACAAAAAACACUCUAUGAUUAAACACUUAAGAAAACAUACUAAUUAUACCAUAUCCUCCUGAGACCCAAACUUUUGUUUGCUAUGCAUUUUUAAUUUCUCCUAACUAUUUCAGUUAAUCAAUCAAUGACCAAUAGGACCUGAUAAGUAUAAAAAAAACCUAAACAUUGUCAACAAUAAUUAGACCUAAUGUCCUCAAAUGAGAGAACAAUAAAGUCCUAAUGUCUUCAAACAAGUACUUCGUAAUUAACAGUGUCUUUGCUUGUUACUGUUGCUAAAAUUGGUCAAAUUUGUUGCCAUGUCAAACACUAUUAAUCAUGAAUAAACAAGUUUCAACCCAAAAAUGUGAUCAGGUUUUGGACCUGUUGGAAUAGUAUAUUGUGCUCUUAUUACCACUAAAUGGCACAAGAAAGUGUCCACCAAUGAGGACAACAGGUUUAAGUUGUCUAACAAAAAGAAGAUUCACUGGAUGGCAGAAGGUACUUUAAGACAACAGCUUGAGUUUCGAGUUUCACUUUCACUAAACUGGCACAGCCCACAAACUGUAGUUUUUCUGUCAACAAAGCGUUCAUUGUAUACACAACUCAUGGGGAAAGCAAAAAUGUUGUAGACAAACUCCUGCACAUCAUCGAACUUGCAAAAAUAAAACAUUUAUUACGACAUUUUGGUAACUACACCUUCAUCAGGCAAACCUGAUGAUAAGGUUGCCUGAUAAAGGUCUAGUUACUGAAACGUUGCAAUUAAUUUAUUGCUUUUGCAAGUUAGAAGGUGUGCAGGAGUUUGUCUACAUGUUGUCCUGCUCAUCCCUCUCCUAUGCACCUGUUACGAAAUAGAUGUGCAAAUUAUUCUUUUGUUCGAUGGGUUAAUGCUGCCAUACCGCUGACUUCAGGAAAACAUGAGGAUUUUCCAGUUCUAGUGUUUAUUCGCCAUCUCCAGCUCUGGCAGUGGCCAUGGUGUUUGGAAAAGUGCAGCUGCAGGCUACCAGUAGGCUACACUGUAUCGUCUCUGAAGUGUUGUUUUGUUUUUUCUUUAGAUGCACGCAAGUAGACUGAUGUGGAAAGAAAAAUAACUGUGAGAAAUCCCCAUUCUGUUUGGGAUUUAGAUGACUAAAAGUGAAAGCUCAUCACGAUCAAUUUUUGAUUUAGAAUCUAAAUCAUGACACCUCUAAUGUACAAUUUAAAAAAAACACCCACCAUCUGCAACAGAAGAAAGGAACUGAGCCACCUUAACCAAGGUACAUAAAGCCUACUUUUCAAAAUCAUGUCAGGUAUUGUCACUGGACACCAUGCACAGCAGCAGCACCCUGCACCUGACACACCUGAAUGGAAUGAAGUCAUAACUGAUGUUAAACAGUACACCUGUGUUUGACAAGUCUACUGUGAAAAUGUCCCAUUACAUUAAGGUCCUCUAUAAUGUUGAUAACAUUCCUUGUGUUAUUUGUGUUUGUCUCAGCACUUUGACCAACAUUCACUGCACUAUUCACAACUUUUCAAGAUAUUAGUUAAGUGUUAGCAAAGACUGAAAGCACGGGAAGCAGCUAGUAUAUUUUCCGCAGUUGUUUUUCCAUAGUUCGUCACUGCCACAAGUUCUCAAUUAAUUUUUUCAUACAUUCUUAUAAAAACCCUACAUGAUGACUGUGUGUAAUGAAAAUAAUGCUAGUUUGAUGGUUUAACUCUAAAGUGGCAUCACCCUGGAUUUACUGGUGUGCAGGAAAUCCUUGAUAGUAUCCUACACAGCAGUACAAAGACCACAGCUCAUCUAUUGUGUUCAGAGACACAACACAACCAACACAAAGCUAGAUAGCCUUUUCAUCACUGCCAUCAUUGUUGUAACUGUUAUUCAAUGUUGUACAAUGUUUAUAAUGUGAAUAAUGUGCCCUUUUAAAUGUCAGAGGAGCUAUACCAGUAAUGGCUUUAUACUGUACCUAUGCAAACCAUUCUGAACUGAACAACACACACGACCCGGUGAUGUACUCGGUGUUGAUGGGAUAUUUUUUAUGUAAUAAAAGACUAAGUCAGGGUC